CAGCAGCUGGAAAGGGUCUGAAGUGAAUCUAGAGUUUCAGGCUCAGAUAUACACCAAUAUAAAAUUAUAAACUAAUUCAUACUUUUACCUUUUAAUUCUCCUUCAUAAUUGCAGAUUUAUAUAAGCCUUAGGUGAUUCUCUGUAAAAUCCUGCCUGCAUUUUAUUUUACAUGCUCUAUCGAAGAAGCCACAUUAAACCACCAACAUCUCGUCUCAUCUGCAGUCUCAGAUUUUCAGAGAGGUUUGGCGAAAUGUCUGUCUGCAGAGGGCGCCUCGCAAUUCUGAGCAGCGCACGGCCAGCACAGAGGAAUGCUUUUUAUUUUUUAGUUUUGGCUCACAAAGCUUGCUGAAACACACUGAGGUUGCAAGUUUGGAGAAGUUACGAAUCUUAGUUACGAAUCUCAAUUACUAGUUGGUAAUGAAAUCUCUUUCAGAAAGAGAUGGUUGGUACGAAGUAAUCCCUGUUACGAACAUUAUCGGCUCUUAAAGGGCUUCUAGUGGAAUAUUAUACAGUCAGGGCUUAUGUCCUAUUACUAACAUUUUUCGUGAAUUUGAUAUAGAUAUUACACUCGACAACUUUCUGUUAAGGUGUAACCAGGUGAUGAGGUGGUGGCACAGGAGUCAGUAUUGACCUCACGCAGGCUGGCAGUUUGGUCCCCGCUACCAGCUGCACCAGGAGCUGUCAUCAUGACUAUGAGACUGUUUAUCUUCUGCUUUGUUUGUGGAAUCGGAACUUUGUUAGCAGAAGAGAUUCCAGUGACAUCAGAAGUUCCAGCCAGAGGCCCUCACUUCACUGGCUGCCGGUCCCGAGAACAGGAGACGUUCAGAUGCUGGUGGAGCCCAGGGAGCUAUCAGAACCUGACCGAGCCCGGCGCUCUGAGGGUCUUCUUCCAGAAGCGGGACAAAGAGUGGAAAGAGUGGAAGGAGUGCCCAGACUACAGCUCCUCUACAGAAAACGAAUGUUACUUCGAUAAAAACUACACGUCAAUUUGGACCUCAUACUGCAUACAGCUCAGGUCACGCACCCAGGAUGUCACAUAUGAUGAGCAAUGUUUCACGGUUGAAGACAUAGUGUACCCCGACCCACCCAUCGGCCUGAACUGGACAUUACUGAACGUGAGCCUCACAGGGCAGCACUUCGACAUCCUCAUACGAUGGGAGUCUCCUCCUUCAGCAGAUGUGAAGAGUGGCUGGAUGAGCCUUGUCUAUGAGGCUCAGUACAGAGUCGUCAAUGUUUCUGAAUGGAUAGUGAUGGAUAUUGAAAAGCACACUUACCAGUCUAUUUAUGGGUUAAAGACCAACACAGAAUAUGAGGUCAGAGUGAGGUGUAGAAUGCCGGCGUUUGACAACUUUGGUGAAUUCAGUGAUCCUAUAACUGUGUACAUUCCUCAGAUACCUACAAAAGAGUCCACAUUUCCAGUUGCUUUUGUCUUUAUCUUUGGAGCAGUUGGAGUGGCAAUUCUACUAAUGCUCAUAGUUUUCUCUCAACAGCAGAGGCUAAUGGUGAUUUUUCUGCCACCUGUGCCAGUUCCAAAAAUUAAAGGAAUUGACCCAGAGCUUCUGAAGAAAGGCAAACUGGAUGAACUGAACUCCAUCUUCACCAACCACCACACCUACAAGCCCGAACUCUACACUGAAGACCUGUGGGUGGAGUUCAUCGAGCUGGAUAUCGACGAGCCUGGAGAGAAGAUGGAGCGCUCCAGCACUCACAAGCUCCUGGACCUGGCACAGCUCAACAACACCAAUGCGCUGAGUAUCAAGGACGAUGACUCGGGACGUGCCAGCUGUUACGAUCCAGAGCUCCCGGAUACCGAAGCUGUACCCUUCAGCCUCACUCAGCUGGAAGCCCUGGGGGAGAACGCCGGCCUUCUCGAAUCAGAAAGCCAUGCUGCCGUUCCGCGUCUCUCCCCUUCUAAUUAUUCUGCUCCCGAAUCCUCACAUCCCGCUGCUCUGCCGGCAGCCAGCCGGGCAGAAGGCCGCCCUGUGAUCCAGACACAACUGAGCAACCAGAGCUGGGUUAACAUGGAUUUCUACGCCCAGGUAAGUGACAUUACGCCAGCUGGGGGUGUCUUGCUGUCGCCUGGCCAACAGUGCAAAGCAGAGAAGGCCUCAGAAAAGGAAAACCCCCUGAAAGAUAAGAAGUGUCAAUUUGCCAUGGUCCCGGUCAGUGCCUACACCUCUGAGACUGAUGCCAAACAAAUAGGCGCCAUCCCUUCCCGAGACGAACACGAGCGCAGCAGAGAGAAGGGCUUCGCCCAGGAGAGCUGUUCAUCUGCCGAGAGUCAGCCGGUGGAGCCGCAGGGCCCCUGUGGGGCAGCAGACUCCUCAGUGGCCUCACCGCCUUGUCUCUCAGACUACACCUUGGUACAGGCUGUGGAUUCGCAGCAGAGCCUUCUGUUAAACCCCACUGUGGUGCCCACUGGGGCACGCCCUGUGCCUGUCGGAUACUUCAGCCCUGACCUUCUGGGAAACAUCACACCCUGAACUGUCUCAGAAAACCUACCCUUCGCGCCGAAUACCAAAACAACCAGCAGGACAAUGUACGGACAAAAAAACUUUUGACAGUGAUCUGUUGAGAAGCUGGGAACCGAGGAGUUUUAUUGUUUCUUUUUAUUUUUUGUUCUCGUAGCCUCUGAGGUAGAAGCACGUUCAAGUGGCCUAAGGAAAUUUCAUUUUAAGGAUAUGCUUUAUCCUGAUAAUAACUUAAAACUCAUUAUAGUGGAAUUGCAGCUGUUGCUCCUUUAGCAAUCUCAGUGAUGUAUUCUUUCUAUCAAAAGCUUAGAUAGAUAUAAAUAUGCAUAACAUGAGAUCAUAUGGGAAGAUCCUUAAGAAUCCCAUUUGAUAACAAGGUUAUUCAGUAAAUUCUGUUAAACUUUUUAGGCUUAUUUCUUCUACAUAUGAACAAAAAUUCAUUGAUGCUCUUCAGGGGACUGAAAGAUUGAUGGAUUGAGCAUAUCUUCAGUCUUUGUUUUGAUAUACAUUGUAUCUUCAGUGCAAUGGGGCUCAUAUAUUCAGAAGAGCCAGCUUCUAUGGUGCAUUCUUGUGUCUUAAUAAUACUGGGAUCAAGUGAGGUGAACUGCCAUAAAGUUAGCUUGUAAAACACACAAGUGUUACAUAAAACAACUUUCCGCACACCUUUUGCAAAGAUUAGUGGUAUUUUGAUUGUGGAGAAUUAAACAGCACCCCAACUGACUUCAGUGUAUUUUUGUACUAUACUAGUCUUAGAAGAAAAGGCUACACAUGUUACAGUAUCUUACAUUAAUCCUACCAUAUGUAUCUUUAUUAUAAAAAUGAAAUUAUUUAGUUCACAGUAUGAUGUUUUACAGAUAUAUUUUUUUUACCUUUAAGACUAGCUGUGGAGAAAUAAUAUUGUUAUCUGCUUACAGGACAUAUGGAAAAUUUUGAAAACUAAUCAAACUGAGUUAGGGUGUAAACUGAGCAUUGUGAUGGCAAACUGGAAUUGUGAUAUACCCCGGAAAAUCAUCUUUCUUUUAUCAUACCUCAGUCAGGUCUAAUAUUGAUGUUAGUAUUCAUCGUCUAAAACAGCUCUAACCUAAACCUAUUAGCAAGCCAUACUUGUCUUUACCAAACUAUAAAGUUCCUGUCAAGCCUUGUGACAUAAAGGAGCAGGUCAGGUAGAUAAUGUGCGUAUUCAGUACUUUAACAGUCAUACAUAAAAAUGCAUUGCCUUAAAGACAUGAUGUCCUUUGAACCUCCCUGUUUGUUUUACCUUUGUCUCUUUGUCCCUUUGAACUUUCAUUUCUUGUUAAUGUACAACACAGCACACAUCUCAUAAGCUUAUCUAAGCUCAUCCGUAGAAAUCAGGGAAGCUUUCUUCAUUAAAAUCUCAGUGAAAUGUCCCACCAGGAUAUGGUACAGAUUGGGAAGACAGGGUAUGUUUGGUUUUACAGAAAGCGAGGUGCCUAUACUUGUAUUUACUAGGGAUCUGAAUGACAGUUCAUAGCAUAGCUUUUCCAUUGUACCUCAGUGCUGCUGCACAAGUAUUAAAAACUUUGGAAAAAGCCACAUUUGUUAAGGUGAAACAAAAUGUCCCAAGAAUGAAUAGUGCAUUGUGGCUGACAGAAGCACACUAAAAAUGUUCUUUCUUUUUCUUUUUUUUAAAGAUAUUUGUAAUGAUUAGUUGGAAUCAGAACACAAAUUACUGUUGGUAAUUAGUCAAAUAAAAAGUUAAAUCACUUUUAUGUUGUGGUAAUAUUGUAUCUACAGAAGAUUAUAUAAAUCAUUUUUGUGGAGGAUUAUUUUAAGUCUGAACUCCACCUAAAACUCCAAACUUAUUUAAUAGAAGCAAAUACUUAUUUAACUGAAGUAUUUAUUUACUUCUUUAAUAGAAUUAAUCUUCAUAAAUUGCUGUGCACAAACUAGCAAAAACAUAUUUUUAUUUCUGAGUUAUACACCGAACAGCCCAAAUAUUAUAGCAAAUGAAUUGACUUUUCUAAGACAGUCAAUGCGAAGCAAAUCUGUUUUGAAAAGCAUAUAACAGACCUCCAUUGCCUUCCCUGGUAUGAAAAAUCCUCAGUCUCCAUCGUAUUGAAAUCAGGUGGAACAGCUGGUUUGUGCAGUUCCAUUCCAAAUAGCCAAUACCUUGUAUCCUUGUGGAAUGCAAACUAUGUUUUAUUUAUGCUUUUCUUGCUUCUUGGAGAGACAUAGGAUGUUAUAUUGUGGUGGUUCUUUUGUAUUUUGGCCAAUAAGUGUAGACUUCUACAUCCAUACAAAACCUUAAAGGGUUUUACAGAUAACUGAAAAUAUUUCAAAUACUAAAAAUGUUUUUGAUUGUAACAUGCCGUAGUGCCUGAGGUAAACACAAAUAUAAGCAUCAGAGCUUUGUUGAAAAUUGGUAAAAAGAGGCGGUAAAAUAUUUAUUUUAAAAAGCUAGAAUUAAGAGGAGUGCCUCUGCCAUACAUGCAUUAAACAUAACAGAAGUGUAAUGGAACAAAUGCCAUAUGUCUCUCAGUGUACAAUUCACCUGCAGUAUUCCCUACUGCAGUGACAAAAACAUGUAGCAUACUCCUUUUGACAGUCAAGUGCAACACUUUAUUCACAAAUAUGAAUACAAUUAGCUGUUCUCUGGACUGUGUAAAAUGUACUAAAAAAUGUACAGAACCAAUGCAUCAAAAUGCCCAAGUACAGGUAUCUAAAAAAUAGGUUAUACAGUAUGUUAAUUCCCAUCUUUUCUGUUUCCAGUUACCGUUUGAGAUUAGACUUUCAAUCUGGUUUUAAAAAUGGUCAGAUUUCAUUUUCUUUUAACACCAGAUGCUUAUUAUAUUUUCUUCUAUUUUUUAAUUGUCAAUCGCAAUUUGUCUGCAACCUGUGGAUUGUCACAGAAAUGCAUCUUGGCAUUAUUGAGCUUAAGCUGCAGUUGUUAUAAAAACAUGCUCAUCUCUCUGCUUAAUAUUAAUGUACAGCUCUUUGCAUUUUCUCAGCCGAUUUUAGGCACACUGAAAGCAUACACACACAUUUUUUUUAGAUGUAUCACCUAAAAAAUCACAGUGACUGUGUCAGAAAUAUAUGGCUUGCCCAGUAUUCUAAUUAUCCCUUCUUGCUACUGUUUCCACAGGUCUACUCACCAUCUUCUAGUGAAAAAAACAAAUUUAGGUUUACAUUACACAUUGCCAGAUAAGUGCCUAUUAGCGCCUUUGGAACAAGGCGCAAUUUAAACUACUUAAAUUCCAUUUUCGUACUGAUGGAAUCUUUUUUGUGAGAGUGAAUCUGCAUAGUGUCAGAAAACAGGCUCAUGUCAGGUGAGUUAAGGUAGCACAAGCUUUAGUGAACGUCAGUUCUUGACUCAUUUUGGUGAACCAGCUUUACACUAGUCUCUGCCUUCCAGCUGUUUUGAUUUUGUUAUCAGGUCUCAGUAAAAGAGCAUGACAGGGCAUCACUUGUCCACCCAUUAAUUUAACUUAAAAUACUAUAGAUGUAUAGAAAUAUACUGAAAUAUUUUUCAUUGUUUUUAUUUACAAAUUACACUUCAUUUUUUUACAUUGUAUCCACCUACUUAUAUAAACCUCAAAAUAUCCAAAUGUAAAUAUUAGCAUCAAUGAAACUAUAGUAAAAAAACUGUAAAUUGAUGGUACGUUCAUGUCUGCAAGUUUAAAUUGUGCACAAAAACCACAUCUUCAAGGUAAAUUUUAAGUGACACAUUCUGAUAGCAACACCAUUUCAACAUCUGUAAACAAAUAUCUGACAAGAUGUUUGGGAGCUCCUGCUUACCUGAUCAGUAUCUGCUGUGUCCCACAUUAGAUCAAUCACAAGGAUGCAAAUGGAACAACAGACUGGCAGAGACACUGCUCGUGGCUUGUAGAAAUGCUUUUUAUCUCACUCAGCACAGUCAUUGCUAGAUUUGCAGUGCCAUUUGACAGUUGCUGACGUGUUUCCAUUUUAUUCCACAGGUGAUAGAUGGGAUUAAGAUUUAACAAAUCAGUAUCACAGUGAUCCCAGCUUGAUGUGAUAUUUGCUUUGUAGUACCAGAUGUGGAAAAAUAAGGCAUUGUGUUGAAUUGGUGUUGCUGUAGCAGCAGGUGGAGCAUUAGUCUCAAAACCUGGGCACAGGUCACAGCGCCGUAAGCUUACUAUUGAAUAAGACUCGUAAAGAUUAAUGAAAUGCACACCAUUCAUGCGACCAUUCUGAAAAUUGCCAUAUAAGACACUGUUGCUGUUAAGCAGAAAAGAUCAAACUUCAAUAAAAUCCACGAGGCUGGAAUCUGUAUUGAUGUGACAAUUGCAUUUGUGCAGUUUGGUGACAUGGAGUGAUGAUGUCAUUGUAAUUCAUGGGUACACACAGAAAUAUGUUAGCAACCACUGUUACAAAUGAUUGGAAGCCAUCAUAAGCGACUAUCUGCUGAUCCCGUCAUUUUGUAGUUAGCUACAGUCAGCUUCGUGCGUGAUGGGAGUUUUGCUGGAGCCCACCGUAUUUGGACAAGUUGACACUGAAUGUCCCAGUGACUUCAUGUUGCAACAGGCAAAAUGAUUACAAAUAAUAUUCUGAGAGUUCAUUCCUUCUCCAUCUUGCUGAGCAAGCUGCAGGAGGGUUAAAGUGGUUGAACUUGUGCAAUUUUACUUGUGUACACUUGCGCCGUUUGCACAUACAAACUCCAAAUCAGACAUAACAGCACACAUAGCACAUUGUCUCGCUAUAUCCCAUUUUAAUUACAGGAACGUAACAAGAGUUGCAGGAAAGGAACAUUAAAGAUAGAACAGCAUGAUACUACAAGCAUAUAACAAGUUCUCACAAUGUUAAAGAUGUAUAGAUUAAUUGGUUAUCCUUGACGCCCGUCAGAAUUUUAAUAACAAGUGGCUUCAUUCAAUUUCUGAAUUUAAUUAAUUUCCUGUUUACUGAAGAGGGGAUAUAAUGAAAUGCAAAGCAAACAAAGGCUGAGGUUUUUUUUAAGUGCACAUGCACUUUGAAGGCAAUUUUUGUAAAGGUGAAAGCUACUUGUUAUAUCUGAUUUUGUAGUUAAUUAUAUACAUACUGUAUAUACUUCAUUGAUCUUCAGCUCAUUGAUCUUUUUGUAACAUGCAAUGUUAAUGUAGAUGCCAAAUGUAAGUGCAGAUCAUGCAAUAAAAGCAGUAGCACAAGCUGCCUCAGUAAGUGCCAAUACUCCUGACAACUAAUGGACUAGUUUUCAAAGCCUGGUAAGCAAUGUUAAAUAAGCAUAAGCUCAUGAAUUCCUAGAGUGAAGAGAGAAAUCAUAUUGUGAGCAUUCUGACAUAAGGUAUUAAGUACUGAACUCUGAGGAGGGCACUUGUUCAAGCAUAGCUGCGCCGCUGAGAAUUUUAAAAUAAGAGUUUAUUUAAAAAUAAUUUGAGUAGUAUUGUAUAAUGUGUAAUUGCAUGCAGAAUGCUGCUGUCUGCCUGAAUUGUUCAAAAUCUAAUGUAUAUUUUUAAAAAAAUUGUAAUAUUAAUAUAUUGUAUUGCAGUUUACAUGUAAACAAUUGAAUAGUUUUCUAAUUUACCUUUAAUGACAUGCAUAGAUAACUUCAAUGACUCUGAGAAAGAAUUUUACUACAUUUUAGAAUGUAUGGAAGCAGGAAGCAUCACUGAUUUAGUGGUUCAUAUUUUAUAUGCACUUAGGUUUAUAUGUUAUGAAGACAUGAAUAAGCUAUAGUACAGUAUGUCGUUUAGGUUUUUGUCAAAAUCCUCAUUUGAACAUACAGCAUGUUACGGACAAAGAUGAACAUUACAUUUAUCCUCUUUUUAGUGUUUUUUUUUUGCAGAAGUAGUAUCAUAUGAACAUAUGUCCACACAGUUUUCUAUUGUGGCACAGAAGUUAAUGAUGAACAUUACAUCACAUUGUUACAUUUCCAUUGUGCCAAGAACAGCUAGCUUUGUCCUUAACAUAAGCAACUAUAAUGCAAAUUGCCAAGAAGCAAGAUAUACUUACAUUAAAUAAGUAUUUUGCCUUAUAUAAGAAUCCUAAAACGCUGCUGUUUUUCUUAUAUAUUUAGAGUCGGCAUGUUUAAUUUUAUAUACAAUUGUCUUAAAAUAUAUGUUGGUGAUAUAAAACUUUUGUGUAUUUGACUGUGCUCUAGUAGAAAAUUGUUUUUGCUUUUUCCUGUUUCUGAAGAUUUAGACAUGUUUCGUUGUGUGGGGUCGUAUUUGUUAUGUAUAUAAAUGAUCAUAUGGAAAUUAAUUAAAAUUGUUUUUGAAAUGUAUACUAUUUUAUCUGAAUCUCUGAUUUCAAUCUUUAAUCGAGGGUGUUUUUACCUUGAAGUAGAAAGCAAGAUACCGUGCUGCUGGGCAAUAAUCGUUCUGUUGUAUCAUAUUGCCUGCACAUGUUUUUUUUUCAUCUAUUUUUAAGUCUUAAUUGGAAUUUAAUGAAUAAUACUAGUGGCUGUUUUACAGUGAAUUAUUCACUUGAUCUUUUAAAAUGCUGUACAUACAGCUGAUAUCAGAAAGCCACUGCUCUUGAAGCCAGACUGUUUGAACCACAGAAAAGAACUGCAAACCAAUUAUCAAUGUGAAGGACUCUGCCUUUUGAUUUCAGCCGAAUGGUUUGAGAGGUGGCUUGGGUAUUUUGCCGUGAAACCCAAAUGAAACACAGGUACAAAAGUUUGUUUUGAAAAUCCAGAGAGUAAUUAAGUUUGACAUAGUAGCUUACCCAAGACCACUUUUCAAUAGCUUAUCCUCAUUCUCUAAUUCAAAAUUGCAGAAAUGGCUAAUUGAAUUAGGCAAAACAACACAAACAAUAAACAAUAGCCCUUAGAACAUCAUUACAUUUGCACUUUCCAUGACUCACCAAUACCAGAUAUCUUGGGAGUGCUGAAAGAUUCCCAGCACCUUAUAGUUGCAUACAAUUCUACAGUUACAGCACUGAAAUAUUAAAUAUUUCAAUAUUAAAAGGGGAAUAUGUCACAAAAAUGUGGGGUAUGUUUUCCAUCCUCUUUCCCACCAUUGACACUUUCUUCUUAGCAAGCCAAAAUUGCUCUAGCUGUGCAAAAAGCUUUAACCCGAACAGCAUCCAUCUGAAAGCACAGCUUUCAGGGCUAUGGAGCCUUUUUUCCUAUUGGUUGUCAAGUAUGAAGGGAUAUACACAAUACCAAAGCAGCGAUGUAAUUUAAAGGCACACACAAGCCUUCUAUUGAGAAAAAUGUAAUCAUGUCUGACUCAGCUCUUGUCCCAUUUCUUGCUGAAGGAAACGGAAAGGAUACAAGCUUUUAAAAGCUGUACAUGUUGUAUUAAAAUAUAUGCUGCAGGCUAUGCUUUAACGUCGUUCUGAAAGAAACUGGGUCGUGCUGUGGUGUCUUAGCAUGUUUUUAAUGCUGAUUGUUCGGUAGCUCUUCUCUUCAGUUUUCUGCUGUAAUCUUUUAUGUCCUAGCUUUGAUGAGGUGUUGUUUAAUUAUGACAUAAUUACAUUUGCAUUAUGUUAGUUAGGAAGCGAUUUAUACUGUAUGUGAUCAGUAGAUGACUGUACAGUACAGUAUGUGGUCAGACAAAGAGCUCUGCACCAAGACCGUCUCUGAUUUCUUCAUUGUUAAAUGUUUUCUUAAUUCUGUUUGUUCCUCAGUUAUGCAAUAAAUGCAUUUUUCUUGC